AGUCAAACAAUGAAACCCUAUAUAAUAAGUUCAUCCAUCUUUUUACUACAAUCUUCUGUCAGUCACCUGAUUUCUGAGUUCUGACAACCACUCACGCAUACAACAAGUAUUUUUUUUACUGCCCUCUUCAUUUUCUUAUCGUUUUGAGCAGAGCCCUUCAAUUUUUUACCAAAUGGUUCAUGAAAGAUUCCCCUGCUGCUGCUACUGCUACUGCUACUGCCAGCCAUUUACUCAAUACGAGCAGAGCAGCAGAAAAGUAGAGCCCUGUCUUUAUUAGACCAUCUACGAAUCAAUUAUGGAACCCAAAAAAGAAUUGGUUAGUGAACACAAAAGAAAAAGAGAGAAAAAAAAAGCUUCAACCUUCCCACUUGGCUUAGCUUCUUCAUCAUCUUCUUCUUCUAGCUAUAUAGCCAAAGCUCAAACCUUCACAAAAUCCCCUCCUCAUAAAUCCGCCAUCUCUCGAGACCCUCAAAUUCUCACUUCAAAUUCCUCUCCUUUUCCCCUUCCCUUCCUUCAUUUGACUCCAUUAGGGGAACUGGGUUUUUCCAAUGGUGGCCAGGAAGCCGAGAAUCGUGAUAAUCGGAGCCGGAAUGGCGGGCCUCACGGCGGCCAACAGGCUGUACACUUCCGCCGCCGGCAGGGACGGCUUGUUCGAGCUCCGCGUCGUGGAAGGCGGCAGGCGUAUUGGCGGCAGGAUCAACUCCUCCGAGUUCGGCGGCGACCGGAUUGAGAUUGGCGCCACGUGGAUCCACGGCAUUGACGGGAGUCCUGUCCACAGAAUCGCCGGCGAAAUCGGCUCUCUCCACUCCGACCGCCCCUGGGAGUGGAUGGAUGGGUUCGUCGAAGAGGAAGGCCGCGCCGUCGUCGAAGGUGGGUCCCAGAUUUGCCCCGACAUCGUCGACUCCGUCUCCACUCUCUUCGACAGCUUGAUGGAUUACGCUCGAGGCGAAUUGGACGAAUCCCCUGCUUCUGCCGCCGACACCGACACCGGCGGCGGCCUCGAUUUCCACCGAAUCGCCGUCGACGCUGCUAGUGCCGCCGCUUCUAACCUCAGCGUGGGUUCUUUUCUUCGGGAAGGGCUAAAUGGGUACUGGGAUUUGGCGAAAGAUGAGGACGAGAGCAGGAAAUCGGUCGAGGAAGCCAUUUUCGCUAUGAUGGAGAACUGCCAGAGGAACGACACGUCAGCCUGCGACCUCAGAACUCUGGAUUUCAAUGCCGAGAGAGAGUACAGAAUGUUCCCAGGUGAGGAAAUCACCAUUGCCAAAGGUUACCUAACCGUAAUUGAAUCCCUGGCCUCCGUUCUGCCUCCUGGAGUCAUUCAAUUAGACAGGAAGGUUAGGAAAAUCCAGUGGCGAGCUGAAGGGCAAAGUCAGUCACUGGUUGAGAAUGGAAUCUCCGAUUCGAGGCCAGUAAAGCUACAUUUCUCCGAUGGAUCGGUUAUGACGGCAGAUCAUGUUAUCAUCACGGUUUCCCUUGGGGUACUGAAAGCUGGAAUCGGGUCGGAUUCGGGUUUAUUUGACCCGCCCUUACCCUUUUCCAAAACCGAUGCCAUUUCCAGGUUAGGGUAUGGUGUGGUGAACAAGCUGUUCUUGCAGGUGAGCAAUGAAAGCAAGUUCCCAUUCCUACGGAUGGCGUUUCACCGGCCCGAUUCGGGCCAGAGGAUGCAGGGGAUCCCUUGGUGGAUUAGGAGGACAGCUUCUCUAACCCCAAUUCACAAGAACUCGAGUGUGCUGCUGGCAUGGUUUGCAGGGAAAGAAGCUCUCGAGAUCGAGUCUCUGAGCGAUGAAGAGAUCGUCGAGGGCAUUUCGGCCACCAUUUCGGGGUUCCUGCCCAAACCCAUCAAUGGGAAGUGCAAUGGGGAAGUGGGUUCAGGAUGUGGAGUCAAAUUCAGCAAGGUUUUGAAGAGCAAAUGGGGGAAUGACCCUCUGUUCUUGGGUUCUUACAGUUAUGUGGCAGUUGGUUCUAGUGGAGAUGACAUGGAUGCAAUGGCAGAGCCAUUGCCGAAGGUUGAUGGUGAGGAUUGUUGUUCAUCAGCUUCUUCAUCAUUGAAGAUGCUGCAAAUUCUGUUUGCAGGGGAGGCAACUCAUAGAACCCAUUACUCAACAACACAUGGAGCUUACUUCAGUGGUAUUAGAGAAGCCAACAGGCUUCUUCAGCAUUAUCAAUGGGCCAAGAAGGGUUUAGACGAUUAUAAUUAGUUAGUGUGUGUUCCUUUUUUUUUUUAAUAAUAUUAAAUGAUUUUUUCUUCUAAAGUCUAAACACCUAUUAAAUUUGAUAAUGAUAUCUCCAUAUUUUAUUUUCUCCCUCUAUUCUAUAAUCUUCUUUUAUGUUAUUUUAAGAUAUCUUACUAUCAAGAAUUGAGCAAGAGGCUACUAGGAAUAGGAUUAAGAAAGUGGGUGUAAAGACCAAAAAUCGAUGAAAUGGAACGAGAGAUGAUAAUUUCUGUUUGAUCCAUUUAUUCUGAUUUGUGUUGAUAUUGACGUACACGUAAUAUAGAGCAGAGUAUGUGUUUUUCCGUCCUUAACUAUUUUAUUUACUUCUCGAAUCAUUAUAAUUCAAGACAUGUACUCAUAUUCUUCCUACUUCAUUUCAAUCACAUUUUAAGUGUAAUUAACUAUGACUAUAUACAAACUUUUACUUCUCAAAUAGUUUGACUUCAUUUGUAUAUGUAAUCCCUAUAUCUCUUUUUUCUUCUUCUUCAUUUAUGAUGUGCCGUUUUAUUCUUUAGUACGAAGAUCCAAUUAUAGUGUAUGUUUUGUUCGAAGCAAUGACAAAAUUGGUCAAUCAAUCCUAAGUCCUAUUCCUAACUCAUAUCCUCAACAAAACUACCUUAUGUGUUAUGUCACUUGAAUUCCAAUGCAAAGUGAAUCAGGAUAAGGAUGGCUGCAACCCAGAUAUAAUGUUCACAUACCAUCUAUGAAAGACGUCCUCACAAAACCCACAAUCGUCAUAUAUUGUGUCGGACGCUUUUGCGGCCAUGAGCUUUGUGAGGACGUCACCAUGAAUGGUGAUAUGACAUCUAACGGCCACAAAAAUAGGAGCAUGUGAUCCGACGGUUGUAAACUUUGCAAGGACAUCUUCACAGAUAGUGAUGUGAGCGUAGUAUGUUUUUUCUAGGUGGAUGUAUGCCUUCAUAUGUGCUGCCUGAAUUGAAACCAAAAAUUCCACCAACCUUGUGUCUAUUGAAGCAUGAUUCAAUUCCUUGUAGUGUCCUAGUCACAAAUACAAUGGAAGGGCAAAACUAAUAAAAGAGAAAAAAGGGGAGAAUAAAUAAGUAACAUAGAGAAGAGAACAAAAUACAAAGGGAAGCUUUGGAUCCCACCUCAUCCCAUCUCCAGUGUUUUGUUUUAACCUAUGAAGGAAGGAGCUUUGUUUCUUUUCUUUUGGGAGGAUUUUCUCAAUCGACAGGAUCCUGUAAACCCGGCUCUUUCCGGCCCUCUUCUCUUCUCUUCUCUUUCACAAAUUAUUAUUUCUCUACUACAGAGUGUUGAAGUUCAUUGUUUAGUUUCUUCCCCACACACCCACGAAGAAACAAAGAUAACGAGUCGCUUGGAUGAUGGAUUGUGAGUUGUGACCAUAUAAAGGAUGGAGGAUCCUUUCUUAGUGAAAUUGUUAGCUCUGCGAGAUGCAAUUUGUUGGUGUACAUAUAGAAGAUGGACUUCGAUCACAUUCUUUGAGGAUGUCCAGAUAAUUUUCUAUGAGGUUUGUAAUGACGAUAUUUUAGAUGGGCGUGGAGGAGACAUAUCCCAGGAGAUCUUUGGCUUGCGUUGGAUGUUCAGUCACUUCAUUAUGGUGUUUGUAGGGUGAGUUAAUGACAGUGGUGUCUAUCUAGUUGCAAAAAAAAAAAAAGUCAUUUUUUAAAAUCCAUAGAUGUUGGUGGGUUUUGGUUUGGUUCUUGGUUAGGAUCAAUUUGUUAGCAUCAAAACGGUGUAUCUUUUUGUUCUUGAUAACACGAGUAAUCUAAUGUCAGGAAAAAAAACCCAUAGAAAGUGGUCCAAAUUUCACGAGGAGAUUGAAAUUUAGGGUUGCAAAUGAGCCGAGUUUUACCUCAACUCGAGCUUGGCUCGUUAAUAAAUGAGUUGAGCUCGAGCUCGACUCGUUUAUUAACGAGUCGAGUUCGAGCUUAUUUGGUUAAUAAAAUCUUGACUCGUAU